AUGGGUGGCUUAGACUAUAAUUCUUCUAUUGUUGAAGCAAUAAAAUCAGCUAAGGAAGAGAUUUCUAUCAUGUCCCGAGGCAUAGAUACUACAAAUUCUUCAAAUGAAUUAGUAAAGGCUUUAGUUGAAGCAUCUCACAAAAAUAUUACAAUCAGAGUUCUUAGCAGAGAUAAAACAAACACUACGACCGAAUUUUUCCAGAGCAAAAAUGUCAAAUUUUUAUCUAUUGACGGUUCAGGCGUUUAUGAUCACAUUGUUAGUGAUUUCAUUAUCAUUGAUCAUUCUACUCUUCUUUUACUAUCUACUUUUUUGGUAAAACCUCGCAAUUUCAACGGAAAAAAGAUUGGAUUGAAAACAUCUCAUCCAAAAGUUGUUGAUGACGCUUACGGCAUCUUUGAUUUAGCUUGGUCACGACUAGUUAGUGAAAUUAACGAAACACUCCCUCCAAUCAGUAGAUUUUGGCCAAAUAAAUACAGAGCUUUAACUUCUAACACUAGAAAAGCUGAACUAACCAAUGCGCAUGUAUAUCUAGCAAUUCCAGAGUCCCUGGCACUAGCUCCUGGCCGAAUGAAGACAAAAGACGCAGCAAAUAAUACAAUUAUAAAAUUCAACCACGAUAUUUACAUAUCAUGCUCAUUUUUCGAUCUACCAAACAAUUUCUUUAUCCAGAAUGCUCUUAUUAGAGCUGCUUACGAUAAUAAGAAAAUCAGAAUUUUAUUAAGCAACAAUACAGCUCUGGAUGAUUCAAAACGCUCUGCAGGACUUGUAGCAGGUAUUCCUAAUAUAGAAGUGAGAGUUGGAAAAGAAAAUUAUCCAAAUUUCUUAAUUUCUACAACAAACCUCUAUUUUCUGUCAGAUAGUAUCACAGGUCGUGUGUAUAAAAAUAAUGUACUCGGAAUUGCUAUUUUGGCCAAUUUUACGGACAAUUCUCAAAAAGAUUCAAUUACAAACAGUUUGAUCAAAGAAUUCAUGUAUGUUUGGGACCACAAUUCAACAAACUUUUCCCAAUACGCAAAGGAAAUAUAUGACAGCGAUUUUUAA